GGCACGGCUUAGUGUAACCCCGUUACGUACUGGCAAUCUUCAGGUCACUGGAAUCAAAUACAGUCUGAGCAGUGUCACCUUAAGUGGACCUGUUGAUUACAUUAGUACAAAGAGUGCUGCAACCGCUGACCACCCGGCUGUAUCUGCAGUCAGUGUACUGGGAAGGUUGGAUAUUGGCGUACGUGGACCGCGGCUGAACAGUAGUAAAGUCGAGAGAUCAUCAGUCAUGUAUGGUGAAGAUAAUAGAUUGAAUAUUGUCAUCGUGAAACCAAUGCCACGACUUGAGGUAUGGUUCACAGAUAGCUUUAAGGCUGAUUUACCUACGUUGUCGUAAAUGAGUUGUGUACUUAAUUUACACAGUACAACUCAAGUUGUAAGCAGGUUGCAUGCGACAGUUUUAGGCCAAAUUGGUGUAGUGUAAAUCUGCCUUUAAUAUCUCACUGAACAGCACUGAAACUUAACUCAUUUUAUGAAUAGUAAUAGCUGUAUCAGUUCUAAACUUCUCUUGGUAGAGGUCCAGAACUUCGAUGUUGGAAUGGGUGAUUCCAGGCAAGAUUUGAUCUAGGCAAGAAGAACGAAAUCCAAUACCACAGCUGGAAAGGGCAUCUUAGAAUGAGUAAAACUGCAAAGAUUGGUUGCUAAAUGAAGAGAAUAUAGCCCUGUGAAGUUCGCAAAUUUUGUAUAUAUUUGUAUUUUCCCGCGCGUAAUACAAAUAUGUACAAAAUUUGCGAACUUCACAGGGCUAUAUUUUCCUCAUUUUACAACGUUUAGCAACUAAAGUUUGCAAUUUUACUCAUUUUAAGAUGCUCUUUCCAGCUAUGGUGUUGGAUUUCGUUCUUCUUGCCUAGAUCAAAAUUGCGUAUAUAGCUGGAAUCAUCCAUUAAACACAUGUUUUCAUCUUAAGGUGACGUUCUGUGGUUUUCCAACCUUGCUACUCUGCGGUGAAUUUCGGAAAGUGAAAGUCACAUUUUCAAACGAAGGUGAAGGACCUCUUCAUAAACUUCAUUCAGCGUCAACCAACGCAAACCUGUUUGCUUUUGACGGUGCAAGUUCAAACAACGAGAACAUUAAUAUAUCAGGCUCUCAGAAGAAACAAUUGAGCUGUUUUGUGAAGCGUGUUUCUAAAAUAUCUCUGCCUGAUGGUUGUCUCAAUGCAAGGGAUAAGAUUGAAUGUACAAUGUGGGUGCAAGGGCGACAAAAAUCUGGUAUUUCUAACGAAGAACUUUUGUUUUACUACGAGUCUGCUGAUGAGAAUCCUAGCAUGAGGUGAGAUGGCAUUUCGGCUUAACUUUCCAUUUAAAGAUGCUGUAAAGUCCGUUCUGCGCAGGCCUACAUUCCAAUGGUCGGGAUCCGAGUAUUGGAAUGUUAUUAAUAUUUCGCACCUUCCGAACUUUCUUGAAUCGAAUUUCUAGUCUGUAUUCAUUCACAUACAUAGCGAAUCAGAAGAGUGUUAAAAAUUCAGUAUAAUAUAUAUCUAAUCAUAUUUUACAACUGUAGCACUGAGUUCAAAAUGUAAACAAAGCGUUUGUUUACAUUACGGACUUUACAGCAUCUUUAACAUUUCAGUGUGUUAGUAAGUCAGGCCACAGGCUUAGCAAAUAAUCGUUUUAUCAAAUUACUAAUUUAAUCAAAUGAUUAUUUGCUAAACCUUGUGAUAUGAUUUACAGACACACUGGAAUGUUAAAAUGCGGCUUUACUAUACCAGAUUUGCCUUGCAGUUAUCAGUAUGAGAGAAUAAUGUUAAUUAUUUUCAUCAUAUAUAGCAGUCUUGUAUUUGGUGGUGGCAAAAUUAGUAAAAUUGAGGGAUGUACUUUAAUUUCCGUGCUCCUGUAACUGUUAUAUCAACAUGCUUGAAAAACACUGUUCCCUUCACCGGUGGCGAAGCUAACCAUAGGAGUGCUCAUGCUAUGCAACGUUUUAAAUUAUUGUAUUCAAACCUAUAGACAAGCCCGUAGCUGGCUCUCAAUUUCUGGGGGGGCACUGCAGGAAGAAUGUAACAGACGGUUUGAGAUGAGAAAAAUUCCCCCCCCCCCCGUCACCAAAAAAAUUUCGGUCAGUGUACCAUUUUAGGGGUCAAAAAAUUUUUCCGGACACACCAAUUUUUUCCGGACAGACCAAAUUUUUCCGAGACCUAACAAAAUUUUUCGAAAUAUCACAAAAUUUACCACAAAAUUUACAGAAUUUGUCCCAUGAUUACAAUUGGUUUCCAGGUCCUUUAUCUCAAUUUUUCAUACCAAAUUUCGGAGUGGGGGGCACUGGGGGGCACUGGCCCACCGAGUGGGGGGGCAAUGCCCCCCCCCAGGCCCCCCCUCAGCUACGGGCCUGCCUAUAGAAAUCCAUUGUCUUAAACCAAUUUGGUAUAGGUGUAUUAGCAUAGCAUGAUCAGUUGCCAUGGCUAAUUUUACCACUGCCCUCAACAAAUGUUUAAUUACAAAAACACUCCGUCAAACUACCGUAUUUUUUCCUCUGAUUUAGUCACAGAACAGUUCGUCACCAGUGCACUAUGAAGACCAGUAGGUCACUCGCAAUCCGAGCAACCGCCAAGAGAUGUAAAGUGACGUCACAAGAUGACGAGAUACGGGAGUAAGUAUUGAUAUAUUUUCAUCUUGUUUGGUUUUCAGCUUAUAACAGGUUCUGCGUUUCAAGAUAGUUCAGACACAAACUAUGACAGGUUAUUGUAGAAUACUACUUACACUAGACCACCACGUUUGAGAUAUCUUUUUCAGGUAGUUCCGACACAAACUAUGGCAGAUUAUUGUAGCAUACUGCCUACACUAGACCCCACCACUUUUUUGAAGGUUGCAGCCUGUGAGUUAUAUCUGAUUUUCUCUUUGCAACAGAGAUACUGAAGAGAACAACCAACUUAUUGUGACAUUAGAAGUGGAAAAUUUAUCUCUGGUGGGUAUUACGUGAUCUUUUUAUCAUUUUCUUGUGUUUCAUGUAACAUGACAUACAUUAUUCCUCAAUAUUUGAAAAUAUUUUUUGUUUAGUCUGAGGCGCAGUUCCGAACGUUCUCAGUGUCACAAGUCUGUUGCGUAAGCAAGAAAUGGAUAUUGAAACCUUUGAGUCGCCAAAAACAAGGUGCGUUGUUUUCGACAAUAAUGUUCAGCAAGGCUGAAUUUUGGUGGAAAUAGUGGGGGAGGUGGAAAAAUUUUUUGGGGAGGUUCAGCAGUCUAGUUCACGACUUCCAUGCCCCAUGGAAAGUUAGGGCUUAAACGGGCCAAAGUCAACGACGUGACGUAUGCAUGUAGUGUACAUAUGUAUCAGUGUAUUAAUGAAUUAUGACUGUACAACUCAUUACAAUUACUACAAAGUUUCUUUCAAAAUAUUGCAUUUAAAGGAUACUUGACACAUAGAGAUGAAUGGCUAUCCCUGUUUCAAUUUCACAGAAAAACGUUCUUUCGAAGUGUAGACCCUAAGCAACCAAAAAGUGUCAAAUUUUCACCUUGAUCUAUCAUUGAAACUUUCCCAAGGGAAUGUGCAUGACUUUUCAGAGGAGGUGAAAAAAUUCCAGGGGAGGUGCAAAACGAUCCCAGGGGAGGUGUGGUGCGCACCUGCCCUCAAAAUCCGGCCAUGAUGUUCAUAAUAUCCAUUCUAUGCUACCAUUAUGCCACCAUAACUAAAUAAUUAAAAUGUUCACUAUAUAUAGACGGAGUGAUCACAAUUAACCAAGGCGAGACAGUUAUGACUCAUUUCAAAGCUGUGAGAAGAAGAGAGGGUGUGUAUAUUUUCUUUAUUUUCUAUAUUUUCAUGAUCCCAGUUUGAUCUGAUUUUGACGCUUCGCAUCUCGUCGCACCAAAGCUGGAUCAUAUAAACAGCCCCGUAAGCCUCGUUCACACUACCAAUAGACGAUUCCCCUUUUGAGUGAAAUUUUGAUCUAGACAAGUUUGGACAAGAAUUUCAUCACAGCUUGAAAGAGCAUCACAAAAUUAGUAAUAUUCCGAAGUUUCGUUGCGAAAUGUUGUAAAAUGCGGAUAAUAUAGCCUUGCGAAGUUUGCCGUUUUUCAGUCAUUUUGCAUUACAAAUGGGAAAUUGAUAAUCAGAUGAUCAAACUGAUUAUCAAUUUAAAAUGACUGAAAAACGGCAAACUUCGCAAGGCUAUAUUAUCCGCAUUUUACAACAUUUCGCAACGAAACUUUGGAAUAGCUGUGAUGAAAUUUUUGUCCAGGCAUAUCUAGAUCAAGAUUUCACUCAUAAAGGAAAAGGUCUAUUCUGUCGGUGAUUUUUCUCUUCCUGGCAAAUGUGAUUGAAUGAAUGACAUGCAAAAGACUUUGAAUUGUUUACUUCUGAAAAGCGACUGUAUACUUUUGUGUGCGAGUUCACUCAUUUGCAUCCGUCAAGGCUCGUUUACACUUGCAAGUUUUGCUGCGAUUUCUAGUGUGAUUUUCUCCUUCUGAUGGAUGUGAACGAGUGGAUGAGUUACGAAUGUUCGGAGUACAUGUACCCUCAUCUGAACAUUCGUAACUUAUCCACUCGUUCACAUCCAUCAGAAGAAGAAAAUCGCAGCAAAAAUUGCAAGUGUAAACCAGUGAACUCUAAAAAUAACUGGAAGGCUAACUCCUAUGAUGAAAGUCUAUGAUUCGUUGAAGCCGGCGCGCGGGAAAAUCAGCUUUCAAAAAGACUAAGGAGAGUUUCGAGGAGUGAAAAAAAUUCUGCCAAAAGUUUGUUUUCGAGCAAAAAUUUGCAAGAAAAACACUUUUUCCAUGGGAAUACAACAAUGAUUGGGAUUUAAACCAGGUUUUCCGAUUAGUUCCAACUGUUUCAAAUCUCUCUGCAGCAAAAAGUAAGGAGUUUUGCUUUUGUAUUUUGAAAAAAUGACGAAAGUUUGGACGUGCCGAAGGAAACCUCGCCGUUCAACUCAAAAAUAUAUACUAUAAAACAUUUUGACAGUCCCAAAAUUUAUGUUGUACUAAACCCUAGGUAUUGUUAUUGAUCCUGAGCUUUUAUUCCUUGUUUUAGUCGCUUUUAAACAUAAAUAAAUUGGCGUUUUUCAAGUGAUGUUAUUUUCGUCAUCGGCAUCUUGUUGGCCACUAUGAGCGUUUUGAAUAUGGCAUAUUUUUGUCAAUUUUCAAAUGCUUUUUUUUCGACCUUAAAACUUUCAAUCUUCUUGAAACUUCGCAUACAGAUGUAUUUUGCAUGGGUUUAAAUAAUUCCUGAGGUAUGACGUCUUAGUUUUAUCUUAAACUUCCAAAAACUCAGAAAAAGCAGCCUAAAACGCGCGGUUGUUCUGACCGUUCAUGCUUAUGGCCGUGUUUUUUCGUAUUUUUUUGCUAAUACGUGAUUUGUUUGCUUUGCGAAUAUUAAAUUCAUUUAUAAAACUACUGAUAUAAAUUAAAUUUGGUAGUAUAAAUAAUAUUUUGGGGCAAGAUUUUUCUGAAAGAAAAAUGUGCAUAUUUUGAAAAAAAAAUUUAAAAAGGACUGGGUCUACCUACAAAAAAAGCUUCAAGCACGGCUUCAACUUCCCCCCCUGACUUAGCCUUCCAGUUAUUUAUAGUUCAAUGGUGUAAACUAGCCUUCAGAAACACAAAAUCGCCGACAAAAUUGCUAGUGUGAACCAGGCGAAACUACGGUAAAAUUGACCUAAUAGCGCAUUCCCUUAAUAUUUUUUCAUUUACAAUGUUUAGUUUUGUGGAAACACCAUGGCACGUAUAUUCGUUUUCCUAAAUAAGUAAAUAUGACGCGGUGUUUCCACAAAACUAAACAAUUCUAGUUAUUCCACCAUGAAAAGAUACAAGAAAUGUUUUUUUAUGUUUUUAGGUUCUGAUCUCAGUAUAAGUAAUUUGUCCUUCACUGAUAAAGAGGUAAGACAUUUGGGAGCAUUUUUAUAUCGCUUAUUUUUGUGAUCUAUUUUACAAGUGAACUAAGUUAAACUUUGUCUAUACUAGAUAGCUCUAUCAUUCCUAAACUAUCCCCCUUAGAAGACCAGGCCAUCUCUUAAGGCCCAUUUCCACUAAGGAAAAUUUUCCGCCGAAAGAAAAUUUUGUAAAAUGUGAUCGGCCGACACAAAUUUUCCGUUGGAAAAAAAUUUUGAAGUUGAAAAUUUUCAACUUUUAACAAUGAUAUUUUGAGAAAAUUUUCUGUCCGUGGACAUUUUUCUGGGCCUUUAGUUUUCCAGUGUCAUCUCUUGUGUUCUAGUGUCAUGCGUAGUCCAGUGUCGUCAUGGAAAUCAUUGCAUGUAAAGGCGUGUCAAUGUAGUUAUAUCUUAUGGCCUAUAAUAUAUUUUUAGACGGACAUAUCAUGCCUGCCGUACUGGGAGUUUUUCCGUCGUACUAAUACGUGGAAGGAAUUGAACGAAUUUGAAGAACGAACUGACAGCACUAUGAGUGUUGAUUUGGCUCUCGUUGCAUUAUGGGAGGUACGUAUUUGGUGCCUUUCACGGUUUCACCAUAUAUAAGCAACUUCAGUCACUCGACCUUAUGAGAAAAGUGAAGCCAUGAUGGAAUUAAUGUCCAAUACCUAUGAAGAUUGUAAACAGUUUUACUACUAUUUUUCCCAGCUAAUUUUCAGUUUUUUCAUAAAACCAUGGUAUUAUACUAUUAUCUGCAGUUAUCAGUGUGUGAAGAUGUUCUCAUUAUAUGUUCUAGUUUUGUAUUUAUUGGGAAGUAAAUAUCUUAUAAAUAGCGACAUUUCUGAUGUUGAUCACCAUCUGCCCCGUGUACGCCUCUUCCAAUGUUUUUGCAUUCAUUCAGGAAAAAAUUGACUUCAUAUUUAAAAUAUAUAUACUUGAAAUUUUUCAGUCGUCCUACAUUGAUUCUCAGUUGUCGAAACAUACAGUCCAUGGUCAAAGUGAAGUUGCAGUCAUUACUUUAGCAGAGUCAAUUUCUGCACCUAUCUUGGCACAGGUAAAACAUUAUGUCUUCAAACGCUUAAACUGAAAUGCAGCCCUUACAAGGUCUGAUUGUGGGGGCAGUGGCUAUAUGUCCUAAGCUUGUUUCAAAGUGAGGUAGUCUGGAUAGUCAGAUAAGGCCCAAAACCUACACACGUAAAAACGCACAAGUUGUAACAAACCUGCAGCAGACUUGUAGCAAUGCUGUUCCAACAACUUGUCAACAUGAUGUGUUCGCACUGCUACAUACGCAAAAGUCUCACAUCUUGUAGCAAGUCUGACAACAAGCUGUCAGCAAGUUGUGUUCGCACUGCUUGUCCCAAAUUGUCAACAAGUAUGGAACAGUCUGUUAACAACUUGUAACAAGCUUGUUGAUAUUAUCAGACUUGUUGCAAGGUUGUUCCAACAAGUCCGAUACAGUCAUGAUAUAACAAUAUUUUUACAACCUUGUGUCGUCAACCUUGUAACAAUCUUGUUAUACAUGACUGUAUCAGACCUGUUAGAACAAUCUUGUAACAAGUCUGAUAAUGCUAUCAAACUUGUUACAAGAUGUUAACAUCUUGUUCCAAACUUGUUACAACAACUGGGAACAAGCAGUGCGAAGACAACUUGUUGACAGCUUGUGAACAGAUUUGUAACAACUUGUUUACAGACCUGUAACAACUUGUGCGUUUUUACGUGUUUUUAGUUCCCAGCUUGUUGACAAGUUGUCAACGGCUUGUUGACAACUUGCUACAAGGUUGUUGAGUUCAACAACUUGUUAUCGUCCUGCAAUUCAACAAUUUGUCAACAAGUUGUGAGUGACAACCUUGUAACAACUUGAUGAAAUAACAGCAUUGUUACAACUUGUUGACAAGCUUGCUACAAGCCUGUUGCGAAUACAUCUUGUUGACAAGUUGUGAGAUUUUACGCGUGUAGUGGAGAAUGAAGUUGGCAACUCCCGUAAUCACCCAACAAAUCGUUCCUUAAAUUAUAUAUACAUGUAAUUGUGUGGUUUUGUAAUGUUCACUGUGACCUUUUUGAGGCAGGUAUGUAAUAUCGAUUUGUUUUCCAGCCUGCAAAGAAACCGAGUUUGAUAUCGUCUGAUGUGUCUACAGCUGGCAAUACCGAACUUUACAUCAAGUAUACUGUUGAUUGUCCAGGAAUGAUUACACAUGAUUUUGAAAAGCAAAGGUAAAUAAAAUCAUUUCUUUGACUUUGAGACAAAUUACUACAUUCGUAAUCUACGACUGAUCUUUCUUGCCCUAGACGUGACUCUAGAUCUACUAUAUCCAACACGAGUAAGUGCCCCCCCUCCGAUUUUUAAAUACAGACAAGCAGGUUGAAAGGCGAAGCCGAGUUUUUUUAACCAUCUUGUCUGUAUUUAGAAAUCAGAGGAAGAACAUUUGCGAGUGUUGGAUAUAGCUUCUCAAACGAAUCAAUACUUUAAGAGAAAAUCGAGUUUAAAGUUGACGAAAAACGGCUGUAAUCUUCCUCUUAUUUCUAAAUGCAGAAUUAAUAUGCAUUUCUUUUGAAUUUCCUUCAUGAAUUAUUAAUGAGUUUGAGAAUACCUAUUUAAUAUUUAUUCCCAAUUCUUAGGUUUUGUAAGGCUACCGUGACUGUCACGUUACAUAACUGUAGUCAAUUCACCGUGAAAGCUUUUGUCGAAAUGUUGGCUCAUUUAUUGGAAAGGUAAGAGGAAUUUUAUCACUAUUUGCCGUUCAAUGUAGGUACCAUUAUACAAUGUCAUUAAUGGUUGGUGUCCACAAGGAUGGAUUUACUGGGAGCGGGUUGGGGGCCCAUCCCCCUUAACCGUGGCAAAGUUGGUGGUGCCAACUUCAUUAUCAAAUCCCUUUUUUUUUCAAUUUGGAAAGGCAAUAUCCUGUCACCAUUCCCAAUAGUGCCUCUAAACCUUUCCAGGGGUAAUGUUUCGCCCAUUCUACAGAACACUACUUUGUGUAGCUCCAAAUGGUAAUGAACUUGUUAAUGGUCACACCAUGACCGUGGGCCGAUGAAUUCCCCUACCAGAUCUGAUUCCAUCCAUGUGUGUCUAAACUACCAAGAUUGGUGGAGCUUUUCAAAAUAAAACUUUCCAACGUAUUUAAAAUGCUUUUAAAUAUAACAAUUGUGUAUUGUUUGUCUUUGGUUAACCCAUUGCUUCACGCUUGCAAAACUGUUUUCUAAUUUUUUUCUCCACCCAAAAUGCCCGAUGGUCGGAUGGACUGUUAUUUGAUCGGAAAAUGUCUGAUGUCCGACCUGAAUCUCGUUCCCGAGCACACCCGUUCGUAGGUUAAGGGUGGGCAUGCUCGGGAAAGGAGAUUGGUCCGAUCUCUGUAAGUUCUCAGACAAUGUCUUAAUUGAACAUUGAUUAAAACAGAUUAAAAAACACUUCCAGAUUCCAGUGAAGUAACGAAGUCAGUUCUCAAGCUUCGUAUUCAGCAAACUUCUUUAUCUUUUAGUAACACUGAUGAUUCCUCUGUGCGUAAAGAGGAGAAAGCACAAGCAAAAUCAGCUCAACUAUCAUCCAACAACUCCAAUCAUUCCUUACAAUGCAACAGCGCAUUUCUGUGGACUGGUAAACGGUCAAAACUGGUAACAUUGCAGCCAUCACAAACAAUGAAACUCGAAUUUUCUGUCAAAAUUUUUAAAACUGGCGUUUUUAACUUGAAUCAUUGUCGGGUGUUAGCAGUCUCGAACACGAAUGAAGAGAGCACUUUAAUGGUCACCCAGAAACCUCCACCGGCUUGUUUGCUUGUGGUGAGACACUCUACAGAGGUUGAUAGAGACUCGGGCUCGUUGUCACCAGUUGGAAUGUUGAGUUUAUUUUACUACGAGGCGGUACAAAGGUAGCACUCCUUAAGUAGUGACAUAUCCCUCAGGCUGCCGCGGCCAAACAUCUCUGGGGGUAUGGACAAUAUCGACAGAUGUAGCUUUAGCCACUGAUCUCAAAUAGAUCUGGAACGCUAACAAAGUUUCGAAAUGGGUCAUCCCCGAAUUCACGUGAAGAAGUUCGUGUAUGCAAUAGACUUCUCAUGCUCUUAUACAAAGUCCCAUUUCAGAUCAUGUGAUGUUAACAUCAUUUAUCAAUCUUAGUCAUUAUGUAUUUUUCAUUUUCAAAUACCUCGGAGGAAAUUCGCCUAUCAUAUUGCUUCAUUUGGCUCGCAUUAUGUUACCAUACUGGUGACGUAUAUGCUAAACCACUCUUCAAGAGUGGAUCAAAAUUAACUCGUUCUUAGGGCUGGGUCAAAAUGUUUUCGUUACAUCAAUCCGUCCGCAGGUCAUGCCCAGCACCUAACCUGCGAACGGGCAUACUCUGGGUACGAGAUUGUCAUUACAUCGGAACAAAAAGGUCGAACCUUCCUUCUUUCUCUAUUUUAAUCAUUUUUGGAUUUGAAAUUUUACGUAAAAUACACAAAGAGUGGUAAAAAUGUAAACAUUAGAUGAUCUGAAAUACAGCUGCGGAGGUCUAUUCAUUUCAAAAUUACGGCUCUCGAGCGUAAAACAAAGAUAUGCAAGUGAGCUCUAUGCCUCUAUAUAUGUCUGGAACAUGAACGUCAGUCAUUCGGUCUAUGAGAAAAGUGAAGCCAAGAUGGCGGCCAUUGACAUCCAGUAGCUCUGAAGGUCGUAAACAGUUUUAAUAUCAUUUUCCCAAGCUAAUUCCAUUUUUUCUAACGGACUGUAUCGCUAAACAAGUUAUCAGUUUAUCAUAAAAGCCAUAAUGUUAUUCUUUAAGUCGAUGUCAAAAUAUGAAAUUUUGGCAUACUUAAUGUUAACAGCUAUUAGCCUUUUCCCAAAAGAGAUCACAGUGCAUUCUGGGAUCGGUUGGAAGGACAAAAUAUAUGGCGACAGGCGUCAAAUAUGUGAAAGAGUAGAAGUAUCUACCAUCAAAUAUCAACUUUUUAGAGACGACCAAAAAUGAAAUAUCUCCUUUUUACAUUAAACUUUUAAUUUAAAUGUGUGCUGCCAUAUUUCUUGUCCCUCCAACAAGGGAUUCGCGCGACUAGACCCAGGACUUUGGGAAUUGGCUAAUUUCAGCCAAUGAUUUCAGCUCCGUGUUAACCGCGCAGACAAAAGCAAUAGAAAGGGACUGGAACUGGCGUCGAAAAGCUCUUCAAUAGACCUUAUGCAUAAUGACGUCACAAGGCUUGAUGCCCGCGAGGAAUGCUGGUCUUAGUAGUCAUCACCCAGGAAAAUUUCGAUAGUGGCCAUUUUGAAUUGUUUCAUUUUCCCGGGCGAUGACUACUAAGACCAGCAUUCCUCGCGGGCAUCAGGCCUUGUGACGUCAUUAUGCACAAGGUCUAUUUCCGCGAUCUUGGCUUCACUUUUUGGACUCAAAUUCUCGCUCCAGACACAUAUGGAGCUCAUUAAGAUAUAUAGAAACUUAUUUCGGUCGAACAGAUAUUCUGGAGAGAAAUACUGUCUGGAGAAAUUGUCUGGAGAAAAAUACUGGAGAAAAAUGUCGUGACGUAAUUAAGACGCGUCUCUCAUUUAUGCUGCGAAUUCGCUAGAGUUUUUAUGAAGAAUUCUUUGCAUCAACCAUGUGAUUAUUUAAUAUACAGGGUGUAUCAAAAAAAACUGAACAGAUUUGAAAUUGCUCUCAAUUUCCCAAAACACCUAUUUGUAUCCGGUUUUUUGUAUAUAUAUCUU